GUGGUGGCAAAAGUAGUGGCGGUGGAGGCGGAAAAAGUAGUGGCGGAGGAGGUGGCGGCGGUGGAAAUGGGAGCAGCAUGUGGUAGUGGAACAAUGGUUGCUCCGGGAAGUGGAGGAGCUGCUCAUAUCUCACGGGAAGGAUUUGAGAGCAAUGCAAGAGGUUACUUCCAAGAUCUUCAUGCAUCUCAGAAGGGCGGAAAAUAA